AUGCCUCGGCCAUCUCCACAUAACUUGCCAGCCCUUUCCAUAUGCCCUCCAAGGCCAAGUCGAAUUCCUCGCUUCUCCAACAGUAAAAAGGAGAAUCUGGACGCGCCUCAAGCAGGACAUGAGGGCCAUGGGUCUUCGUCAUCCUUCGACCAAAUAAUUUCGGCACCAAGGUACUACGAUGUUAGUGCUGAAACGGAUCUUGCUGCAAGGCUUCGUGCUAAGUUACAUGCAGUAUCUUCCCGCCGGCCACCCGAAGCCAGCUCUCUAUCGUCAGGAGGUCUUCAAGCACCAGUUCCAAUUAUCGAAGAUUCUUUCUCUAGCGAACCGAUAGAGAUUUCAAAUACUACUACAACCUUUCUUGAAACCGAUCAGGACCAAGAUUUCCACUCCCAAUCGGCUACACUUGUCGAGAAUGAAUCCCCUCGACCUCGAUCCGUCGUCUUGUUACCAUCUCACAAAGAGCCAGCAGCAGAAGCAGUUACUGCCGUCGGAACUGUUGCUAAAAUUGUUGAGAAGGGCAAGAAGGAGAAGAAGAAAGUUUUGAAACAUCCAUUCCGCGUGGAUAAGCUACGCUUGUUCCUCAACAAUUCAAGAAUCGGAUGGAAGUCAACGAUACCAAUGCUUCAAAUGUCACCGAGAAUUGUCAUUUUGAAUAUCUCCAUCGAAAAUAGAAGGAUGGCGAUUACAUUCGCACUCCAGGAGGACAUAUCAACUGUCAAACAGCUGCAACAGGAAGGGAAGAGCUACGGUACCACCCCAGAUACAGCAGGGCUAACAAUCGAGGAUAAAUUGAAAAAAGCAAAAGAUAUUGCUUUAGACGAAGCUACUGAUGAAGAGGCAAAGAUAGUGGCUCUAGAGGAAGUCUUGAACGAGAUGAAAACUAGUGGAGGGCAAUUAGACGAUUGGUUACUGGACGAGAUUGAGGACAUUUCGACUAUCUAUGGAGAACUGUUGGGUAUGGAUGAGAUUGAUAUGCAAAUCGAGUCUAUCAUCGCUGAGAACAAAGUCAGGGUACCACAGCUAGACGACCCGGAGGAACUCUGGUUGUUUGAUGAGGAGAGGGUUUGUGUCGGUCUGAAAGGGAUGGUAUGGUGUAAGAAUAGUAGCUAG